CUGAGCUGGUCUCCUGUGGGGUUUUCUCCUCUUAGCCUGUGAGCGGCGCCCGCGACGUAACUAACGGCUUCGCUGUUCCAAACGUUGCCCGGAGCCCCUUUCCAUUCUGACCCUAAGCCCGGAGAGGUGGUAGGGUCUGUUAUAGGGGCCUCAGACCGUAUCUCAAACACUCGCCCCCAUUCAUUCCGCAAACUUAGCAGCCCUAGCCCGCCGGAAGAAGGAGUUCCCAGAAUAGCCGGGCAAUUAUGGAAACAGCCUCACAGCGUGGGUUGGUGAGUGCUGCGCUGAGAUUAUACCAUGUAUACAGCGGUGAGGACUGCUGGGGUAGCGGUUUCGGGGAGUAACCACUCCAUCCUGAAAGUUUGGUCAGAUGAUGACUGCUUGAAGAAGUUUUCUGGGAAGACUCUUGAAGAGAAUAAAGAGGAAGAAGGGUCACAGUCCCCCAAAGCAGAAACCCAGGAGAGAAUUUCCAUUGUCUGUGCACCCAUGAAAAGGGCUUUGGCUUCAAGGGGAGCAGCUUCCAUCGCAUCAUCCCCCAGUUCAUGUGCCAGGGCGGUGAUUUCACAAACCAUAAUGAUACCGGGGGCAAGUCCAUCUAUGGGAAGAAGUUUGAUGAUGAAAACUUUAUCCUCAAACACACAGGACCAGGAAAAGACCAUAGAAUCCUGGUUCUGCUACCACAGUGGCCUACUCUCCAUGGCCAACUCCAGCCUAAACACUAACGGCUCCCAGUUCUUCCUGACGUGUGACAAGACGGAUUGGCUGGAUGACAAGCACGUGGUGUUUGGGGAGGUCACCGAAGGCCUGGAUGUCCUGCGGCAGAUUGAGGCCCAGGGCAGCAAGGACGGGAAGCCAAAGCAGAAAGUGAUCAUCGCCGACUGUGGGGAGUACAUGUGAUGCGGCACUUUCUCUGCUCUCCCCUUUCUCUGCUCUUGCCCCUGCAUAUCUAGGAGCUGUUAGCCCCCCACCCCACCCCCCCCCAGGAGCCAGCAGGGAACUCCCAAGGGUGUCCCACUUAAGAAGCAGCAGUUUGUGUCAUGAGCCUUCCUUGGAGUCAGCUUGGAGCAGCUCCUUUGUAGGCAUGGCCUGGACUUCCUCCAGUGUUGCCAGAGCCUCACCUGGGCUGCCAGGAUGGCUCCUGGGAUAUUUUCUUCUGAUAAAAUAAAUCAUAGGUCUUGUGUAGGUCUCAGGUGUUUUUGGAAAUUGCAGCUGUGACUGGGCUGUCUUGCUGGGAUGGACCAUAGCAUCUUCCCUGCUGCUCCCCUCCCCUCUCUCAGGGUCAGGCUGAGUCCAUGAGGAGACACCCUUGUCUGAAAAUUGCAGGGCAGAAGUCUGAGCUGGGGCAGAAGUACCUCUUCCUUGCCCUCUCCUGCUGCCAGGCAGGAGUCUUAGGUUAGCCAUUAGCCAGGCUCCAUUCCCGCCCUUGUACCAGCGGGUUGCACAUAUCUAAUGAGAACUAUAAUCAGUCUCAGUGAUCCAUUCAUGCAUUAUUCAUUUACUGAACAGAUUAUAAAAAUGUACUAUCACAGAAUGCCCAGCGCCCUUCUUUUGCUGGCCACUGUACUUGGUGAUGGGGAGAUAGCAAGAAACAAGAUUGAGGUGCUUCCUCCCCACCCUACCCCACCUCAGUCCCACCGGGAACUCAUAGGCCAGCCCACGUCUGCAGCCUGUGCUAGGCUUGCCUCUCACACUCUGCCAGUUACUGGCCAGCAAGGCCUGUACACAUCAUGCAUGUGUUGAAACUAAGGCCCAUCAGUCACCAGAAACUUCCUCCAGGGCUGUCACUUGUUUCCCUGCCACCUCCGGGUAGCCUGCCUGUGUCAGUUCACUCAACAUCCACUGGGCUGGGCUGAGCUGAGCUCCUUCUUUCAGCCUAUGUUCCUAUAUUGGGUUGAGGUCCGGACAAGUGUAGAGGGGAGAAACCUGCUGUCCCUGGCCCCAGUGAUGCUGCCCCUCCUGAGCAUCCCUUCCCCUGGUGCUCUGUGCCAUCACACAAGGGAUGUGAGACCUGUUAGGUUUGUUAGUGAAAAAGCUAAGGCUCAGGUAGAAGUCAAGUGGCUCCAAAACCCACCAGCUCCUAUUCAUAGCCUCUUUUCCUGUGAAAUUGUAGGUGUCCGCCUUCAGGUGGGGCUGCAUCUUCAGUUGGUUUGGGCCUGCUCCCGUGGCUGGGGUCCACUGCCUGCAACCUUCCCAGCAGGGACCCUUGCUCCUUAAUAUCACUGUCACUCUCUGUCGGUCAGUCAUGUCAGUGAGGCUAGGGUAAUGCCAGCUAUUCAGGACAGGUAUAGUAGCCAAGAAGGAAGGGGAUGUGUGUGAAGAACUCUGUAUGACCGGCUCCAGAGAUAAGUUGUGGGGGGGGGGGGGGGGUUAGAAUCAGGCUGACCUGGAGCCCCAGGAGGGAAGACUGGUCACGCAACCCUGUGAAACAAGGGGGUCUGUUACUUACUUCACCUCCCUGAUUGCUGUAGGAAGGUGGGACCAGUGGACUGUCCAGCGAGGCCACUGGAAGGAAAUUAUUGGGUGGCAGCUGCCCCCACAGCACCUGCAGGGGCUUCUGCAGCCAUUACCUCACUAGGGUCACCCCACGACUCUCUCUCACACAGGAGGUCACCUGUGCCUCAGAGAGGUGGGGUUCCUGCCCAAGGACACCCUGCUCCUCCAGCAAGACCAAGCCUCCUGUUCGUGCCAAGUGGUACACAGAGAUAGAGAAAAAUUUGCUGAUCUGGGGGUUCUGGGUUAAUGCCAGCCCCAUGGCUUUGCAGGUGUUUUCUCUUUGACCUCUGCCACAUGCUACCUGCCUCCAGAAGCUGGGAUGAGGCACCAUGUGGAAGGGUCAUCAGAGCCUCACAACCCGCCCCCCCCCCCAAGGGAUGUGAGACCUGUUAGGUUUGUUAGUGAAAAAGCUAAGGCUCAGGUAGAAGUCAAGUGAUGGACUGAAACUGAAAAUUGUUUUCUAAGAAUAUUUAAUAACAAAAUUUCAAAAUAUAUCAUGAAUUGAAUAAAGCAGAUUACCAAGUAGUGCAUACAGUAUGAUCCUAACUUUGUAAAAUUUCUAUAUAUAGAAAGACAAAUACACAUGUGCCAAGAAAAGAGACAGGAAAGAAUUACUAGUUCUGGUUAUCUAUGAGGUGGGAUUAUUGGUGUUUAUUUUCUGUUUUAUGGUAUUUUCAAAAAUUUCCCCAGGAAGUGUGUAAUGUUUUCUUAAGUUAGAAAAAAGGUUCUUUUUGAUAUUUUAAAAUAUCCAAGUACGAAGAGAAACCUUUAAUACAAAAUUUCCCCCUUCAGUUUCCUGGGAGGGGGCAGUGUCCUGCAGGACACUCCUAUCUUUGAGAAUGCAAGGGCACGGCCUUGCCACAUCCUAAACAGAGGGCCCAGCUCUGGUCAGUGCUGGCCUGGACUCCUUCCAAAGGCAGGUGAGAACACACGUCCACAGCUCAUCCCAAAAGAUGGUCAACUUUAGAUUAUUUUAGGAAAAGUACAGUUUUGAAGUAAGUCCAGCAGCACCUCCAGGACACCUUCUUGGAGGGGUGGGUUUUAAUAGGAAGGCACACAGGAAAGGCUCAAAAUUUGCAAAUUCAUUUAAAAUAAGACUGCUGAUAGAUGCUGUGGUGGCUUGGAGGUGUACACUGUAGAAAAAUAUGUUCUUAAUCCACUCUUGUGGGUGUAAACCCAUUACAAAUAGGACCUUUGAUGAAGUUACUUCAGUUCAGAUGUGGCCACCAAAUCAUCAAUGGGUCUUAAUCCUGUUGCUAGAAGCUUUAUAGAGGCCACAGGGAGAAGCCACGGGGAGUAGCCAGAAGAUGCUGCUAUGUGCAAAGCCAAGGACUAAGGAUCACCGGCAGCCAGCCCCAGAAUUCCACAGCUUUGGGGAGAAAGCAUUGCUUUGCUGAUGCCUUGGUUUUGGACUUCUAGCCUCAAAGCCAUAAGACAGUGAAUUCCUGUUGUUAAGCCAACCCACUGUAUGGUAUUUGUUUUCGUAGCUGAGAAACUAAAACAGAUAUUUAUUCAACACAUUCAUGCAGAGCUAAGUGCUCUGUGGACAUAUCUGAUCCACAGUGGUCUGCAAGGGCAGAACCAAUACUCCAGUCUACAGAGGAAGAAGCAGGCUCAGAGGUUACAUGAUUUGGUCAGAUUAACACGAGGCAGAGCCAGGAUUCAAUGCCAGAUCUGCUUGGCUCCAAAACCCACCAGCUCCUAUUCAUAGCCUCUUUUCCUGUGAAAUUGUAGGGAAUUUCUCUAAAGCAUGUUACCCACUUUUCUACAUUAAGACACAGACAGACAUAAAAGAGUAUCCUUUUGUAUGAUAAGCUGGCAUCAAGGCCAGCAUUGUGUGGCAGUUAGGAAGAUGUUCACGGGGGUUUUCAAGCAGACAAAGCAGCAGUUUGACCCACACAGAAUGGCCCCAGAUUCUGCUCUUCCGUGUGUCCUCCGUUCUUGGCAGUGUUUACUUCUCACUGCUAUCUUUAGGCCUGAGUUGACCAUCCUUGUUUAUGCUUCUAAUGUGCAGCCUUUUAUUGUACCCUGGGCUGCCAGAGGCAGCCAGAUAAAAAAGUUUGUCAUGGUAACUGAAUACUGAGCUGGGAUGACCCACCUCGUGGGCUUUAUGUCCACAACUGUCUCACAUCUCUGUGUCCUUUUCUACUUGUUUUUAUUUGGUGGCUGCCUGGAUAACUAAGGGUUCUAGAAAUCUGGCAGGAGGGUUAUGACUGUUGACUUAUUGCUGUACCACAUGGAAACGGAGUGACACGGUCCUUGGUUCCUGCUCUGCAUACCUGAUGGGCAAGGCAUAGUUUUUCUUCAAAGCAUCUGCUUGACAAACUUCCCUGGCAAACCCAAACCCUGCCAGAUUACAUGAUGGGCAUUGACAAUACCAGACAUUGACAUUUAGUUGUCACAAUAGGCUAAUUUCUAAGCCACAACUGAUCAUGAGAUUCGGAGAAGAGAGCUGUUAAAGUACUGAGGUGACAGGUUUCGUGUCAUAUGGGCAACUGGAUUCAGGCUGUCUUGACUCUGUGGUGAGGCCAGCAGGCUUGAGGGACCUUUGGAAAAGACUCCCGUGUCCUCAUGUCACAGAUGGGAAACUAAGGCAUGGAUAAGGAAAGGGACUUGUCCAGACACCGGCAAGUCAGUGGCUGGGCUAGAACCAGAAUAUAAGUUUCCUGACAUUUGGGCCAGUGCAUCCGUCCUCUAGUACCUUCCAGCCUGAGCUCAAAGCGCCAGGCUAAGGGGGAACUCCCCACCUUCCAGACAUUCUAUGCCACACGGGCUCCUCUGAGCAAUGGGGAGGGUCUCUGCACUGGCACACAGAGGCCUUCCCAGGCCCACAUGGAGGGGCUGCUGGCCUGCAGCACACCCCCAGCCUCCACUCCUGCUGCCACACCUGCUGUCCCUGGAGGAACCUCAGGGGUGCAGAUUGUGAAUUCCAGAGAUGCACCUGUUCAUUAAGGUGAGCCCAGGAUCUGCUUUUAAUGACACAGUAUUUCAGGGUUUGGGCAGCUGGGUUCUGUCUGCGCCAGCAGGUAAAUUACAGGCGUAGCAAGUCAGAAAUCAAAUAAACACUCCAACUCCCAGCAGCUGCUCCCAAAGGAGAGUAGUUUCCGGGAACAGUUGUGGCUAGGUUGAACCUCCCCACCCAGCUCUGCCUAAUUACUACCUGUCUCUCCGCUGGGAUAGGGACCUUUUCUUUGGCUCACAGGCCCAGAGAAACAGGACAGGGCUCCUGGGCAUGCAGGGUCACACAGACUUUGGUGACCAGCUUGUUCUUAACUCCUAGACACUGGUGGGCACUGACAGGUACCCACCCUGGCCAUAGGCUGCCCGGUCUUUUCAGGCACCAUGCUCCGGGUAGAAUGGAUUGCUCCUUAGUGUGGCAGGAGGUGGGAAACCAAGUUCAUUUAACUCUGAACAAUUGGUUGCGCCUGUCUGGCAUUUUGUGCUGAGGAUUUUGAGGCUGUAUCCACAUUCGGUGGAAAAAGUACCCAGGUUGAUUACUGAUGUUGGUCAUGGACAAGAGAAUAGGAAAUGGUGAGUUCUGUGCUAUUUUUGCCACCCUUGACCACUCUGGCUGCUGUCAUUGCUUCUGCUAAAGAUUAAUGUUAACUUUUUCUCAGUGCUGAACUCUAGAAGGCUCAACAUGGUGGGGAUGGUUGCGGAAACUGCGGACCCCCAAGGUUCUUUCAAACUGAAAAGGCUGGUAAUUGGACACAAAGCCCAUUUUUAGCAGCGGCAGGGGCAGGGGCAGGGGCAGGUCCAGGCCAGGAAGACGGGAAAAUAAAUGCCUCGAAAUGUCUCCAUUGGCUUCAACCUUGAGUCAUGAGGCCCAAGCAGCUUUCUUUUCCUGACCCAUAUGCUUAACUUUGCCCAGGGCCAAGUUAAGAAUCCAAGAAUAUACUAUAUUGAGGGCAUAUCCCUGUUGUCUGGGCCCCAGAAACGCCCAGUUCUGCACUUAGGAAGGGGCAGGCCCAAACCCUGUGAUGAAUGGUGCAGGGCCUCAGCUGGCCAACCUGGGGUCACAGGUGCUCCCCAGACUACCCUGGGGCUGCCAGGCUGGGCCAGUGAUGGCCACGGGCAGGUCCUAAGAUAGGACUUCUGGCUGAGCCCAGACAGCCCAGUCAGCACACACUUCUGCAGCUACCGUGUGCUGUAGGCCCAGUAGGACUGGGGCGGAGGAGAGUCUGCCAGAAACCCCAAGGGAAGGGAGACAGAGAGUCCUGGAGUGGACCAGAACCUUGGCAGGAAGUGGGCCCUCACAGCCAAUGCUACCUGAGCUAUGACUGCAUUUGAGGGUUUCCUGCCUCUGGUCAGGGCCCUGCCUGGCAUGGGGAGGGAUGGCUGCAGCAGGGCCAGGCGGGGUGGGGGUUCAGUGGCAGCCGCAGGCCUUGACCACCAUGUUACGGUGCUUUCGCAGGAUGACAUUGUUGCUGUUGUCAUAGUAGAGCACAGAAGUGGCACUCAGCUUGGUGGGUGCACAGCACGCCUUGGGGACUGUCUCUGGCUUCAUCAGGUGCACCUGGCCAGAGAGAGGACAGCAGGCAGAGGCAUGAGCUUGGCAGCAUUCUCCACGCUUUUCACUCAGCCAGGCCCUAGCUCCUGCCUGCUCCCUGUUCCACCCUGUCUCACAGGUCUCUGGCCUUGCUCCAUUCUCUACCUCCAGCUAGAGCAGGUUCUUCCAUGCAGAUCUGACCCUGCCACUACCCUCCUUGAGCCCUGCCCUGCCCUCACGGCACAGCCUGAGUACUUGGCUUGGUGUUCCAGGCCCCAAAACUCCCCCAGGUCUACUGCCCACUUCCUGACAUAUACACUCCUCUCCAGACAUGGACACCCCUGCUGUUUCCCAGCACACCCUGGUGCACCUGGUGCCUGGUCUGCUUGGAACACCCCCUGAACAUCAUCUAUGAGAUCCCCUCCACUUCAUUUCUUUUCUCUGGAUUCCACAGCACUUCCAAUGCUUUUUAUUAUAUCCCUGAUCAUGUCUUGUUGUUAUCUGUUUAUGGGUCUGUCUGCCCCCACCAGACUGUGAACCAGUGAAUGUUCAUGGAACACUCUAAUAAUUCUAGGACCCUGCCCCCAUCCCUCAGCCUUUGACUGGAAGCCCCAGCUCUGAGCCAGCCUGAAGAGCAGCAGCAUAGCUGCCUUGGGGCCCUAAGGUCUCUUGGGGCCCAUGGGGCAAGGCUGAAGCCUCUGUAGAGCUGUCCAGCCAGACUGGGACUUGGGGCAGUGGGCUCCCAACUUUCCAAUGUCCACAUGCAGUGGUGGGGCUCCUAGGAGGCAGCUACAGGCCCAUCUGAAAGAAACCAGGAGACUUCACCCACAGGGCUCUCAGGGGCUGGAAACGUGAGGAUCCUUCUUGAGUUGGGACCCUGAAGAUAGAAGUCAGACACUCCAGGGUUGUGUCAUUCUGUGACUCCUCACUGGAGAGCAGAGCUUUAUCAGAUGAGUGACAAAAAGAAAAAUGGGCCUUUUAUUCCACCCAGCACGAAAGGGACUGAUUUGUAGAGUCUAAUGGGUCAUUCCAUCUGUGCCAGUUUGAAUGUAUUAUGUCCCCUAAAACACCAUUAUCUUUGAUGUAAUCUUGUGUGGGCAGACAUAUCAGUGUUGAUUAGAUUCUAAUUCUUUGAGUGUUUCCGUGGAGAUG